AUGAUGCUGCUGGGGGGGACGCUCAGCUUUGAGGUCCCCCACCGAUCCCUCUCUCUGCCAUCCCUGACCCCGCAGGUUCUCUGGCUCCUCUACCUGUUCAUCUUCCUUGGUGUGACAGCGGGGAAGUUCUUCUGCCCCAACUUAUCGGCCAUCUCCACCCACCUGAAGCUGUCUCACAACGUGGCAGGUGUCACCUUCCUGGCCUUUGGCAACGGGGCACCGGAUGUCUUCAGCGCUGUGGUGGCUUUCUCUGACCCACGGACAGCGGGGUUGGCCAUCGGGGCCGUCUUUGGUGCCGGCGUGUUCGUGACCACGGUGGUGGCCGGGGGCAUCGCCCUGGUCAAGCCCUUCGCGGCCGCCUCCAGGCCCUUCCUCAGGGAUAUCAUCUUCUACAUGGUGUCCGUCUUCCUCACCUUCGUGGUCCUCUACUUCGGCAGACCCAUCGCUCCCCCCACUCCAGGUUACCUGGGGCUCUAUGUCUUCUACGUCUUCACCGUGGUGCUCUGCACCUGCAUUCACCGGCGGCAGCGGGGGGAAGGUGUGGCCCCCCCCGGACCCUGGGAGCCAGAGCUGCCGGCAAACACUGAAGAGCGGGAGUCCUCGGGCACCCACAGCGGGGACUACGGCGAGGAGUACCGUCCCCUGCUGCCCUCCCAGGAGUCCUCCCUGCGCAUCUUCACCAAUGCCCUCCGGCCCUUGGAGUACCGCAAGUGGAGGAGGAAGCCCUGGUACUGGCGGAUCUUCAAGGUCUUCAAGGUGCCGGUGGAGCUGCUGCUGCUGCUCACGGUUCCCGUGGUGGACCCUGACAAGGACGAUCUGAACUGGAAGAGACCCCUCAACUGCCUGCACCUCCUCACCAGCCCCCUGCUCUGCGUCCUCACCCUGAAGUCAGGCGCCUAUGGACUCUACCAGAUCCAGGGCGUCUUCCCUGUCUGGGCACUCAUCUCACUGGUUGGCUUUGCCCUGGCCUUCAUCAUCUUCAUCACCACAAGCAAUGAGCAGCCACCCAAGUAUCACUGCGUGUUUGCCUUCCUUGGCUUCUUGGCCAGUGCCAUGUGGAUCAAUGCUGCGGCCACGGAGCUGGUGAACGUCCUCCGGACCCUGGGCAUCAUCUUCCAGCUGAGCAACACCGUGCUGGGCCUGACGCUGCUGGCCUGGGGCAACAGCAUCGGUGACACCUUCUCCAACCUCACCAUGGCACGGCAGGGCUAUCCCCGCAUGGCCUUCUCCGCCUGCUUCGGGGGCAUCAUCUUCAACAUCCUGGUUGGCGUGGGACUGGGCUGCCUGCUGCAGAUGACCAGUAGCCAGCUGGUGGUGAAGCUGGAACCCGACAGCCUCCUGGUCUGGAUCCUCGCCGGGGCCCUGGGGCUGAGCUUGGUCUUCUCCUUCGUGUCGGUGCCGGCGCAGUGCUUCCAGCUGGGCAGAGCCUACGGCGUCUGCCUCAUCCUCUACUACCUGGCCUUCCUCUGUGUGGCCCUGCUCACCGAGUUCAAGGUCAUCCAUCUCUCCUGAUCCGGGCGAGGGACGUGCAUCCAUCCCCACCUCUCCCUCCUGCCUCCACCCAGGGUGGGGACCUCGCUGUCCCCUUCUCCCUGGGGACAAGGGCACCUCAACCCCCACCCUGCUGGAGGCAGCUCAGCCCCUUGGCUUUGGGGGAGGAGGGUUGGGUUGGUUGGUUGUGCUUUGGGAAAGGAGAAGGAGAUGGUUGUCAUCAGUAACAUCCUCUCCCUGCUCCGCUUGAUCUUCAACUUGAGGUGGCUCCAAGGAGGAGGUCAAGACCUCAGCUUCCUUCCUUGGCCACCCAGGUCCCGGUGGCAGGGGCAGAGGAGAUGAUGGUGGCUCCAGCCCAGGGAGGUUUUACCUCUUCAACUGCUUGAUUUUUCUCCUCCCCAUCUCCCAUCCUGCCCCCGCCACCGGGACAGGGCUCGGGCCAGUGGUGCUAAAGGGAACACACCUUUGUCACUGCAGAGGUGACGUGUCCACACCACGGGCUGGAAAGAGCAGCCAAGGCAGAGCGUGGUGGGGUGAAGGUGAGACAAAGCUCCAGGGCAGCGCUUGGUUUUAAGGCAGGCAAAGCUGGAGGGGGAAAAAAAAAAUAAACAAACAAACCCAGGGAGGCUGGUUUCCCCAGCUUUUUUUUUUUUUUUAAGUGAUGUUUUUCAACCUGAGUUUCAGAUCCUGCUUUCCCUCCUCUUCCUCCUUGGGGCUGGGGGAUGGGAGUGGGGGGAUGGACAGAGCUGUAGGGAAAGGACUUGGAGGUUUCUACCCACAGCCUAACCUCUGGCACUGUAAAAACAAAA